UGUCGCGUGCAGACGCUGCGUAAGAAGGGCUUAAACGGCUGCGACAGCCCCGACAUCGAGGCGGACGACUCUGCCGGACAGAGCCCCGAGUCGGACGACAAGUACCGAAAGAUCAACGAAGACAUCGACCUCAUGAUCAACAGACAGAGACUCUGCGGUUUGCUUCCCUCCGGCUACGACAUGGGCUCCAUGCCCAGCAGUAACCCUAGCGGCCUGCUGUACUCCCACCCUGGUGUAAACUGCGGGUUAGGGAACCUGCUUCCCAUCUCCCACUCCAACCCCCCCAUGCAGAGAAACAGCAUGUCCCCCCAGCGGCCGCCCAGCACCGGGAACACAGGUCUGAUGGGUUCAGAGCUGACGAGCGCCGUGGUCUCCAACGUGGGAAAUGGUAGCUACGGUAACCACUGCACCUCUCCUGGGCUGCUGUCUCCAGGAGGCGUUUCCAAGAACAUGCACGAAAAAAGUCCUCCUCCAAUGAGCAUGAGCCGUAAGCCCGACCUCCGGACCCUGAUGCCGCCCUCCAACAAGUGCAACAACAUGCCCACCAUUUGUGAGGAUUUUGAUCUGAUGUUGGUAAGUAAUUCUUAA